UCGAGCCCGCCACGAGGAUGCGAGCGCCGGCUGGGUUGGGGACGGGACCCCUCGUGCUCCUGUGGCUGCUGGCGGCGGCGGUGCUGGUGGCGAUGUCCCGCUCGGCCGGCGCAGCCAUCCUGGAGGUGAACGGAAACCUGAACUGCAGGUGCGUGAAAACAACUUCGGACUACAUGAGUCCGAAGAGGUACGAAAGCAUUGAGAUCAGACCUGUGGGAAGCACCUGCAGACGUACCGAGAUCAUAAUUAAAUUAAAAAGCUCGGGGAAGGUGUGCGUGAAUCCUGACGCCCCUUGGGUAAAGAAACUGCUGAAGCGUAUCGCCAGCACGAAGAAAAAAUAAGUUUCCUGCUAAGGAAGUUGACGCUCGGAGCCCCGAGACGGGCUGGCGGCCGAUGCACGGGCGUGCAAACCUGCCCGCUCCUCACUUUGCCCUCGCUUCCCCCCCACCCCCCUUCCCAAAAACCCCGUCUCCGGCGGCUGCUGCGGGGAGGGCGGCUCGCUGCUGACCCCAGCCCCGCGGCAGGUUCGUGGGGGUGUUUUUCCCCCCCCCCUCCCCGCCUUCGGUCCUUGGCUCAGCGUGAACACGAACGCUUCACUUAGUGAUUUGCCUGUAGGCUUUGCGAAGCCUUCCUCUGUUCGGGGGCUGCUCCUGUCCCCGUACGAACGACUCGGCGACUCUUCCCAUGCAAAGCGCUUGUCGACAGAACGCGCGUCCGGGAUUUUUAUGACACAGCGUGGUGCGUCCUGUCCCGAGAGCUCAAGUCAAA